GCUGCGUUCGGGCUCUGCUGGCGGAGCGGGGCGGCUCUCGCGGGAGGCGGCGCCGCCGCCGCCAUGGGGGUGCACGGCGUCAAAGCGGUGUUCUUCGACUUGGACAACACGCUGGUAGACACGGCGGCUGCCGGGCGGCGCGCCAUUGAGGAGGUGAUCAAUGCCCUACAGUCGAAGCAUCACUACGGGGAGGAGGAGGCCCGCGUCAUCUGCGACAAGGUCCAGGCUAAGCUGCUGAAGGAGUGCCACGACCCCGCCAAGAUGUGCAUCACCGACCUGCGGAUUUCGCACUGGGAGGAGGCGAUCCAGGAGACCAUCGGCGGGGAGGCGAACCGAAACCUGGCCGCCGAGUGCUACUUCCUGUGGAAGAGGACCCGCCUGCAGCACCUCACCCUGGCCGAGGACACGCGGGGCAUGCUCACCGAGCUGCGGAAGGGGGUUCGCCUGCUGCUCUUGACGAACGGCGACAAGCAGACGCAGAGGGAGAAGAUCGAAGCGUGCGCCUGUCAGCCCUACUUCGAUGCCAUCGUUGUGGGAGGAGAGCAGAAAGAAGAGAAACCAGCACCAUCCAUAUUUCAUUACUGUUGCGAUCUCCUGGGGGUGCAGCCUGCAGAGUGUGUUAUGGUUGGUGACUCUCUAGAUACAGAUAUUCAAGGAGGCCUGAAUGCUGGCUUGAAAGCAACGGUGUGGUUAAACAAAGCAAUGACUACCCCAGGAGAUACCUCCCCAGUACCUCAUUACAUUAUUUCUUCCGUUCUGGAUCUUCCAGCGGUUUUACAGAAGAUGGAGCACAAAGUGAAUGCUAAGUUAGGAACUGACCACGUGGCUGGUAGUAACGCAGCACAUUGAUGGUUCCAGCAUACAAUCAGAGAUGUGCUGAGCUGUUAGGUGACUCAUGCAUUUUCAACAGAUCUGACAUCCUAGGAUUUUGAACUCAUGUAUGGUGUGCCUUCUUAGCAGAUGGGUGAAUAAGAGCACAGUUGUCAGUGAAAACAGAAUAGAAUCAAAGAUUUAUUCAAAAGAUGCAAGUGAGGUUAACUUAAAACAGUUGCCUGUCUAAAUUACUUUGACAGACUGGCUAAAGUCUGUCUGUCUCUGACCUAAGUUACCAGUCUCUUGUUUUUAUAGUGGAAAGAAAAAUUUGAAUGUUUUGAUCUUUCGUAUGCUUUACUGACUUGUAAGUUUACCAGAGGCUUCAGUUCAAACCUUGUUUUCAGUGUGCAAAAGGUGAGAAAAAGGGUGUGGUAUAGUCUGGUAAAUCUUCCCAAUUCAUCUGCAGUUUAUCUCAGGAACUGGACUGAAUUUUGCUGUUUCUAUAGCCAGAAUUUAUUGACAGAAUUUACAUAGCAGACCAUUAGAAAAUGCUCUACUUUUGAUCUUUUUUCAAAGUUUUCAAGUUUUAGAUUUUUUUCAGACUUUGCAGUGACUUUUCUUUUAUGGAAUCUGUACCUCUUGCCAAAAGUACUUAAAUGUACCUUUAAAUUUUGCAUUUAUAGAGGGGACCAUUUAUCAGAGAAACUUGAUGGAUAAGUUUUUAUUUUAUAUUACUUUGGUGCUUAUGAAGAUAUGCAGUAUACUUGUAAUUCAGAUUAUGAUAUUUGUUGGAAUGUAAUUGAUAAAACAGGGAUAUUUUCACAGUCUUAAUGUGUUGUCAGACUCCUUAAAAGCUAAUUUUAUUGUUCUGUCUGAUUUUAUUAGUGAAUUUUGAUCAGACCUUUUUGAGAAACUGUUUUUGCUCUUGCUCAGGUGUAAGACUACUCAGAUUCAACUGCAGGAUCAGAGCCUUUUUUGACUGUUUUAAUGGCAGGUUCAGAGCCUUUUUUUGACUGUUUUAAUGGCAGUGCUAUACAAUCCCUCCUUACUUCAGUUUCUGCAUGUAUUUCAUGUGAUUUACUCUGGAGAAAAUACCAGCUAGUUGUUUGUGAACAGCUUUCAUGAUUCUCUUCAAGGAAAUUGGAAAAUGAUGGCGUAUGUAUUACAGUAUGGUAUGUAACAUAUAUAAUGUAUAUGUGCUAUUUCUGUUAGAUGCAGAAGGUCACUCCCUAAAACAUUAAGAUUUCUUCUUCCCAGAUCAUUAUCUUAAUAAUUUAAUGUUUCUGUACUUCAUAUUCUUUAUAAUGGAAAAGUAUUCACAUAUUAAAUGGAAAUGUAAACA